AUGUCUCACCAAUUCGUGCCAGGCAUAGCGUCGCAGUCUCUGGGCUGUCCUCAGUACCACGGCAUACAUGACAAACUGCAAGCAGCAGCCGGAGCCGGCCUACGAUCGGUGGAGAUAUUCUUUGAGGACAUUCGACAAUUAGCCAUUGCACAACGAAGCAAUCCUUCGAUGAUACCACAAUCUACUCGAUCAUUAUCCAGAAGCACUAAUACCCAGCAUGCACACCUCACGAAAGAACAGCAAGAACAACUUCUUUGUGCUAGACAAAUUAGAGGAUGGUGCAAAGAAGCAUAUCGCGGGGCACGACCGCUAGACAUCAUAUGUCUACAACCUUUCAUGCACUUUGAGGGUCUGCUUGAUCCCCAAGAACGCCAUGCUCGCUUUGAAAAGUUGAAUUUCUGGAUUCAGGUUGCCGAACAGCUUGGUACAGAUCUGAUCCAGAUACCAAGCAAUUUCCUAUCACAGUCAGAAUGCACAGGCGACCGAAGUCGGUUGAUUGCAGACCUGAGAGAAGCAGCAAAAAUUGGCGCCGCUCAGAGCCCUCCUAUUAGGUUCGCUUAUGAAGCACUAUGUUGGGGUACUCACAUCAAUACCUGGGAUGCUGCUUGGAGUAUUGUGGAAGAAGUCGAUAUGCUGAACUUCGGCACAUGCCUUGACACGUUCAAUAUCGCUGGAAGAGUACAUGCUGACCCGGAAGCUCUCGAUGGCAAGAAUGCAGAUGCCGACGCAGACAUGAGCAGGUCAAUACAAUUACUCAAAAAUACCUUCAGUGACCCUGAGAAGCUGAAAAAAGUCUUCUAUGUUGAGCUCUGUGAUGGUGAGAGGCUUGAUGCUCCCCUCGAUCCUGAUCAUGAGUGGUACGAUGCGAACCAGCCAUCUCGCAUGACAUGGUCAAGGAAUGCUAGGCUGUAUCCGUUUGAGACGGACUCGAAAGAGGCAGCCGCUCAGGGUCGUCGUGCCGGCUAUCUGCCAGUCACUCAGAUCUUUGAUGCUCUUCUCGAUGUCGGGUAUACAGGUUACCUGUCAUUCGAAGUCUUCAACAGGUUACUGAACCAAGAAAGCUCGCAAGUUAUAGCUACUCACGCUGAACGAGUCAGCAUAAGCUGGGAGAGAUGCGCUGAGUAUAUCGACAACCGACUUGCUCAGAGAGACACGCGUAAUACGAAGGAGUCCACGUCUACCCCAGAAGAUAACAGCCAGCUCAUCUUAUCCGACAUCCUGGAUAUAGCCUCUACCAAUGUCAUCAGCUCAAGGUUCACUAGAGUCCCUGAUUUUACAACCAACAUUGCUCCUCGCUUGUGA